GCAGCGGAGGUCGGAUUUGAGGGUGUCCCUGCUCCGGCCUCUCUCGGCUCCCUCUUCCCGCCCCCUGCCCGCCGUGGGGCUGCGCUCCCGCGGUGGCAGCCGGGCAGGAGGGAGCUGCGGUUCGGCCCGCCCGAGGUGUUUCUGAGUAGGCUUUAAUGCCUGGCAGAAUGCUCUCUGCCACUGGGACCCUCAGCUGCGCGAACAGCUAAGGCUUUCUGCUGUCGCGGUGACAUCGGUGCUGGAGCAGAGCUCUGUGCUGGUUGCCGUGCGAGGAGGGCGAGGAGUCGCCGUGCUCGGCGCUUCCCCGGGAAGCCGGCGGGGCUGAGCGCGGCCCCUGCUCCCUCCGGGUCACCCCGACACCGCUCAGAGAGAGCCCCCAUCGCACUGAACGCUGUGAGAGGGACGCUGCUGAAAUCGUGCCGUGCCGGUGGGCGUGAGUACUGCCUCUGAAAAGGCUUCGGAGUGCCUUUUGCAGUUACUCGGACCGGUACUUGGGCUUGGGAUGCAUGGCUAGCUGGGAGUGGACAGUGGAGUAUUUGGAUAACAAAAUGAAACCUGCCAAGCUGCACUUUUGGAUUUUGGGUUGGUUUUUCAUGGCGCUAUGUUGUUGGUGUACUUCAGAUACUUUUACUCAAAGCGACAUCCACCCUCAUGCCUGGAAAAAGCUGUAUUUUGCUCAUCAUUGGCCAGUGACUGUAUGUAAGAUGAAUGUUAAUGAUUGUCAUGACCCACCAAAGUACUGGACUAUCCAUGGAUUGUGGCCUGACAGAGCUGAAGACUGUAACAGAACAUGGCAUUUCAAUGUCACUGAGAUCAAGGAUCUUUUGUCAGACAUGAGACUCUACUGGCCUGAUGUGCUUCAUUCAUCUGCGAAUCGCACCCAGUUCUGGAAACAUGAGUGGGACAAACAUGGCACUUGUGCAGCCACACUUGAGGUCCUUAAUUCUCAGAAAAAAUACUUUGGUAAAGCCAUAGAACUCUACCAGCAUGUUGAUCUCAAUGGUUGUCUCUUGAAAGUUGGGAUAAAGCCGAGCAGUUCAUAUUACAAGAUGACUGCUAUUAAGGAAGCUCUUACAAGAUUUUAUGGUGUAACACCAAAGAUCCAGUGCCUUCCUCCAGAAGAGGGUGAAGAAGCACAAACAAUUGGCCAGAUUGAAUUCUGCUUCACCAAAGAACUGCAACUGGUGAACUGCACAGCGCGGGAGGGUGGAUCCAAUGCAGUGCAGGCUCACUUGAAGCUCGGAACUUCGGAGCUGUCGGUCUGCAAUGAUACUCUCCCAACCUAUUAUCCUUCAGAGGUCCAAAAUCACAAAUGAAGCCAUAGGAGUUUGAAAAACUUUUUCAACAGCAACAAAACCCACAGUCAUGUAAUAUUAUGAGCCCCUGUCCACAUCACAGACCUAUAGUGAAGAUUUCUUCUAGAAAAGAGAGUUAUUUUGCUAUUAAAGAAGAGUGGUCCACAUUAUGAGAUCAGCAUCUGAUCUUACAGCAUGGUCUGGAUUUUUUGGCUUGCUUAUGGUUUGAAUCAAUGUUCAAAAGAGAACUGUGACUUCUCAGUUUGUCAUGCAAUUGUCUGCCACUUGGUCUGCUUUUUGGUUUUUACCAGUGAGUCAGGGAACUUAAUUCUUUGUAUUGAAAGGAUGAUUGUCUCUCUGAGAUGAGGUGACAGUUUCUUGAGAGGGAAAUAUUGUACUCUUGAAACCUGUCUGGAUUCCCAGAUGUAAUAGCCACUGCCUUGCAUAAUUGCUCUCCAGAAGUACAGAACAGAGAUCAUAUCCUCUGAGGUGUUGAACCUUUGUUCACUGAGAGAUCACAGUGGACCAAAGACAACUUUUGCAUAACUUCUUAGUGAAGUAAUAAUGUUCUCCAAGUUUGGGCUUUUCUACUUUGAAGAUCUCAGGGAAACUGUAUUUGUAGCCUUACCUGUUCUUUGAUUAUUUUCAUGACAAUAACUCUAUACAGACUUGGGGAACAACCAAUUCUACAACUUACAUGUUAGUACAGGAGAAUGGUAGGCCCUAGAAAUAUGUUGUUACUAAUUUUGUGUUUGAGCAUUCAGCAUUACUACUUGUGAGUGCCUGCACUUGUAUAUAAACAAGAUUUUCACAUCAUCACUUUGUUCCAAGAAACAUCUUGUUAUAGGUGAAACAAUAAAUACUGCCAGAUUUUCAGUAAAAAGUACAGAUAUUGGCAAAAGUGCAUCUCUACCCCAUAACAAUGACUAACAUGACACGAAGAUGGAUGUUUCUAAAGGGAACCAAAUUUUGAUGGCGUCUUCCCAGUGCUGUGUUGAUCUGUGUGUCUCAAAUAAAGACAAUUAUGGCUCAAGGAACCAUCUGUUUGUUAGAAUAAUGUUACUGUGAAAACAUGAAAUGCAGUAUUAGAAACAAAUUUGUUAUUUUGAGGGGGUUAGAAACCAUUUACUCUCAUUUUUGACUGUCCCUAUUUCUCUACCACCUUUCAUUUAAUGCUCUGUUAACUUUCCAUUCCAGAAUGCUCUCAGUUUCUUUGGCCUUUCUUGAAACUUAGAUAUUUAUUUUAAGAGCCAAGAAAUUAUUAUGGUCUGUCAAACACGUGAAUGUUGGGUUUGCCUGUUUUUCUGCAGUUGCUUGAAUCCCUCAGUCCUGUUUCUCAGGCAAAGGUAAAGCUGACUCUUGCCAAAAGGAGUCAGCAGAUACGCACAUGAAUAACAAAUGACCAAACUCUGCAGCAGAGUAGAUAGAAUGGAUUCCAUGAAUUUUUCAGCCUCAUUUUCAAAUGCAAGAAAUGUGAAGGAGCUGAUAAGUCUUAAAACUUUGAGGAGAAAAUAACAUAGUCCAAAAUGAGUGAGGGAGACAACAUGCCAGCAACUGAGUAAAAAUUGACUGAGAAAAAGUAAAAGCUUGGGUAAACAACCUCACAUACUCUGAAGUCCCAUUUAAAGGGACAUACCCGAAGUACAGUGUUUGCCUUAAAAAACCUGCACCCACGUACUUUUUAUUACAGAUUAAAUAAUUAAAUUUUUUAUGGUGAACUUCUGAGUAGCACUAAAACACUGUGUAUAUAAUUACUCAUGCUUGGGUUUUGGCAAAUCCAUCUGGGAAGAUACAAAUGUCUUUUUAAAGCUACCUACUGAUUUUUGUAGAGAGAUGUGCCAAGACAUUAUGAAGUUUUAAGUGAUAUAUUUAAGGGAUGCUUUAAGGUCUGUAUCUGGGCAGCCAGGAGAGCAGAUGAAUGAAUGUUACCACUACUUCAGACCAAAGACCAUGUCCAGCCCUUUGUGUUCUUUCUAGCAAUGGCUUACAGCCAGGUGUGAGCCUUGUCAGUUGCUUUCCAACAGAAUGUGUAUAAUUUCAAGAGUUGGAUUAAGGCAGUUUAAAUAAAAGAAGUAAACAAAGGUAUAUGGGGAGCCAUAAAAUUCACUUCAGUUCUGAAAAGUGUCACUCACUUCUUUGUGCAAUAUAAAUUCUGUCAACCUUGAAAAUUCAGCACAGCAUGGGGAUGAUGGGUUCUGUAUUCUUUUCUGCAUCAUUGAAUAAAUUAACUAAAUUCCAGCAGA